AUGUUUCCGUUUUUGAGCUGCGACUCUUUCUUCCUGUUGUUGUGCCUCUGUAUUCUCUGUUUUUCCCGCCCUUGCUUUCCCGCCAGAAUCUUACCCAACUCAGUAACUGUCUUAACCGCCGCCUCCGACGUCCACAACGCCACGUGGCACGACUUCGAGAGGUUCCUGGAUGCCGGGAGAGGGAGCCAGGUCAGAGGCAUGUCGGAGCUCAAGAACUACUUCCACCGGUUUGGCUACUUGCCCAAUUCCAACUUCACUGAUAUAUUCGACACCGAUUUCGAAUCGGCCCUGACGCUCUAUCAGUCCAAGCUGAGCCUGCCAGUUACGGGAAGGCUCGACUCAGACACCAUCUCGGCGAUCAUUUCACCGAGAUGUGGCGUUAGUGACGCGUCGCAGCAAACUGCUCUUCAUGCGACGCGUCGCUUUGCCUUCUUCAAUGGAAAGCCCAGGUGGGUCCGCCGCAACCCGGUGACGCUCUCUUAUGCUCUGUCCCCCAACAAUAUGAUCAGCUACUUGAGCUCCUCGGACGUCCAAGACAUCUUUCGCCGUUCUUUUUCGCGGUGGUCGGCGGUGAUCCCCGUGAACUUCACUGAGGCGGAGACCUACGAGUCGGCAGAUAUAAAAAUCGGGUUCUACCGGGGCGACCACGGUGAUGGGGAGCCGUUCGACGGGGUGCUGGGGGUGCUGGCGCACGCUUUCUCCCCAGAGAACGGGAGGUUCCACCUGGACGCGGCGGAAUCCUGGGCCGUUGAUUUCAAAAAGGACAAGUCGAAGGCGGCCGUUGAUUUGGAGUCGGUAGCGACCCAUGAGAUCGGGCAUGUACUUGGGCUGGCUCACUCCUCGGUCAGGGAGGCUGUGAUGUACCCGAGUUUGACUCCGAGGACCAAGAAGGUGGACCUCAGGAUUGAUGACGUGGAAGGCGUCCAAGCUUUGUAUGGGUCAAACCCUAAUUUCAAGAUUAGCUCCUUGCAGAGUGAAAAUUCUUACAACCAUGCAGUUGCUUUGGACACCAGAUCAUCUUUUAAGUUGGCAAUUUCUUUAACACUUCUCAUCACUUUGAUGUUGUGUUUGGCCACAUGA